AUGGGGUUGAAAAGACGUGGUUUGGGAAUUGAAAUGGCGUAUCGGAGCGGGGGAAAUGGAUUGGGAAUUCUGGUGGUAUUCUUAGUGGAUUUACUGGGGAUCGCGGCCACCAAUAUGGAACCAAUCUACUGGAAUUCUUUCAACAAAAGAUUUGGGGACGAUAAGGGCUACGUGCUUUACCCUCAGAUAGGGGACAGGUUGGACCUGAUCUGCCCGGCCUCCGACCCCCCAGGGCCCCGGGCCCCGCCAGAUUACGAGUACUACAAGCUGUACCUGGUGUCGUCGCGGGAACAGGCGGACAGGUGCGAGGUUCUGGGCCCGCCCAACCUGCUCCUCACCUGCGACAAGCCCAACAGUGACAUGCGCUUCACCAUCAAGUUCCAGGAGUACUCGCCCAACCUGUGGGGCCACGAGUUCAAGACCCUGCACGACUAUUACAUCAUUGCCACCUCGGACGGGACACGCCAGGGUUUGGAGAGCAUGAGGGGAGGAGUGUGUGCCACACAGGGAAUGAAGGUGGUCCUGAAAGUGGGACAGAAUCCCUAUGGACUGCCGCCCAAACCCCCAAAACCAGACCCAGGCCGGUCCAACCCUAAAAACACAGGUGCGGGCGGGAACUCCACCUACCCCCGGGGCGGUGGCGGGGCCGCGGGCGGGGGCGAGAACGGGCCCCUGCCCCCCUCCAACGUGGCGGUGAUCGCGGGCGCGGCCGGGGGCUCCGUGUUCCUCCUGCUGGUGACGGCCGUCAUCUGCGUGGUGUGCUACCGCCGGCGACACGCCAAGCACUCGGAGUCCCACCACCCGCCCCUGUCCCUGUCCUCCCUCACCAGCCCCAAGAGGGGGGGCGGCGGGGGCGGCGGCAGCAGCAACAACAACGGCUCCGAGCCCAGUGACAUCAUCAUCCCGCUGCGGACUUCUGACUCCGCCUACUGCCCGCACUACGAGAAGGUGAGCGGGGACUACGGACACCCCGUCUACAUCGUGCAGGAGAUGCCCCCCCAGAGUCCCGCCAACAUCUACUACAAAGUAUGA